AUGGCAGACGGACAACACACAAACGCGCCUCGCCCGCAUCCUGCUGCUCAAGACAGCGGCGCAGCAGCAGCAGCAGCAGCAGCAGCUGUAGGGGGAGGCUCUGAUGCCGAUACACAGAAACAGGGCGAGGAGCACCGACGAGCAGACCAGCAGCACACUGCAGCAGCACACGCUGCAGCAGCAUCUACAGCAGCUGCUUCUGCUGCAGAGGUUGCAGCAGCUGCAGCAGCAGCAACAGCUGGCGCUCCCGAAACAGAGGUAGUAGCACCCACAGAAUCAGCAGCAGAAGGCACAGCAGCAGCAGCAGACGACGCGCAAGAAGCUCAUGCGCUUGUAGAAGGCUCGCAGCAGCAAGAAACAAGCAGCAGCAGCGGCAGCGGCAGCGGCAGCGGCAGCACCUGCAGCAGCAACAACGCAGCGCGCGAAGCUGCCACAGAAGAAACCACCAGCAGCAACAGCAAGAGCAGCAGCAGCACGAGCGACGAGUCGCCGGCAGCCGCAGCCGCCGCAGCAGCGCCCGAAGGCGGCGAGAGCCGCCGCCGCGGCAGCAGCAGGAGAAACCCCUACACCAGCAGCAGCAGCAGCAGCAGCAGCAGCAGCGUGUCAGCUUUGGAGGCAAAACAGAGAGCUCGUCUUAAAAGACAAUUCGUCAGAACUCCUUGGCUUGAUAUCAACAAGGCGCCUUCCUGGCCGCCCAUUAAGAAGAACAAAUAUUUGGACUCCGACUGGAAGACGGUGGACUUUCGCCCGCAGACGCCGGAGACGAAGAAAAGCAGGCUUUUCUUGAAUUCACUUUGUUACUUAUGUGAAGGAGUCAUCACCAAGAAAAGCACUCUCGGCAGGAAGGCAGGUCUGGGUCUUUUCUGCGAACGCCCAGAGGGCUUUGCCAAGGGCGCUGUCAUAACCGAAUUCGUUGGCUGGCUCGUAGACAGAGAACAGGCGGAGCAGCUGAGAAAAAGAAGAAAGGCCUCGCACAUUGUCGCCGUCCAGAAGGGCUUUCUCUACAUCGACGGUGUCAAAGACCCGUAUUACGGCACCGGAGGCGCGAGCUUCGCCAACGACGGCAGCGAAUUCCUGGGGGGUCCAGGAAACAAUUCCUAUUUCUAUCACUGGUUUGACGAGGAGUUGGGGCGCACUCGAGUGUUUCUGCGCGCGACGCGCAGCAUCGCCAACGGGGAAGAGAUUUUCGUUCCUUAUGACAAAAACUACUGGCAAGACAACUUUGAAGAACAAGAAGAGAACUGUCCAGAUGCAUUCCGCAAGCGCAAGAUAGAGCAGCUGCAGCGGAAGUACAAAGACUUCACAAUUACCUCCAUGCAGGACCUUAAGGCCCGACAGGCUCUGAUGGAGCAGCAAAGGCGGCUGAAGCGGGAGAAGGCGAGGGAGCUGAAGCGGAAACCCCUGAAGCCAAACCUGAAAAGGCCACUGUCGGCCUUCAUGAGGUUUUCCGUGAGCAGACGGAAAGAACUCGUGGCUGCGAAUCCGGAGCUGCGGCACCCCAAGUGCUUCAAGGAAAUUGCCCAGACGAUUUCGCAGGACUGGAAAUGCCUCAGCGCCAAAAAGAGAGCCGAACUUGAACAAGAAGCUGCAGCGGACUUCAACAAAUAUAAAGCCAAACUUAAAGAAUGGAGGGCCAAACACGCCCCCAAAAAGAGGAAGAAACAAAGAAAAAGUGUUACAAGGACUCAAUCGACGCCACCUGCAGCACAUGUGUCUGCUGCAGCAGCAGCAGACACAUGUGCUGCUGAGGCUGGUGAUGCUGCAGCAGAUGAUUCAGCUGCAGACGUUACUGGGAAAGAUGGUGACGACGAAGAGCUGCAAAGCGAGGAGAAGCAGUGCCAAAGCCGAGAAGCAGAAACCGCAAAUGCUGCCACAGACGUGCCGGAAAGCACGGACGAUACCAGAAGCAGCAGCAGGCAGUCUUCGAGGCUUGAGGCUCCAGCUGCUGCUGCUGUUGCUGACGCGGACGCGAGCAAAGACUUGAAGAAGGCGGCUGCUGCGGAGGCAGCGUGUGCCUUGACGGUAGCGUAG